AUGGCAUGCCUGAGUGGAGACGCACGUGUGCAGCAAUUGUACCACCCCUACUGCCAUCCGUGUGGUGCUUCUACGCGCAAAUGCGCAGUCGCUUGCAUGCGUACUACACCAAACCUGGCAUCUUAUCCCCGUGUAUUCAUUGACGGGGCCACGCCAUACGGCACAAGGUGGGGCGGUGGAAAUGUUGCAACCGGUCUCUCAAGUUCCUCCUCCAGCGGCGUCUCUUCUAUCCUACCUACCGAGUCGGACUACAUCCCUUCCCUAAAAGUGAAGGCAAACCAACACAACUCCUCUAUCACCCCCAACAAUAACUAUCUUGGCAGUGUGCACAACAGUCAUCAAUCCAUUGGAGCACGGAAUCACAAAAUGCCAGUGUGUUAUGGAGUUCAGAGUUUUGUCAUGGCCUCACGGGCGCCUGUUUUUCACGCCUGUUCAGUUGACUUAUCCUGGCAGGCUACAGUUCAUGCUUGCCAGCGAUGUCCUCGGGCAGCUAUGACACCUAGCGCUGCUACAGCAGCCAUCGCUACUCAAUCCAACGUGGAGGGAACUACCUCACGAUUUUGCCCUGCCGGAGUUCACAUGGGCAAAUGUCUUCCCGCUCAGGAGGUCUACACAGACGUUUGGGGUUCUGUUUCCAGCAUUUCUUCUGCAGUAGGUAGUGGGUUAGUGUCAAGGGUGCCGCAGAAGUCUCUGGACUCAUCGAAGACCUCAGAUGUUUCGAUCCCUCCCCCGCCUCUAAUUGAACCCUGGGUGCUACCUGACUUGCCUCUCCCAACCACUGUUCACAGCAAGGCCUCCUUCUCGCCUAGCGUCCCUAUUGCUGUUCAAUCUGCUCUGCUCGAUGAUAGCAGUUCUACUGUUAACAAUGCAACAUUGUCCAAGCAACAGAAAACCACCCCACUUCCAAAGCUCUCAGAUAAUAAGGAGCUCACGCCAUCCUCGAGGGUUGCAGAAUUGACUAAUGAGACGAUUUCUACAUCCAAGACUCCUAUACGAGAAGAAGUGGAUGAUGUUUCGAUUUCCCGACCGAAAAUCUCACCACCAUCAGAAAAGGCGGAAACUAUAAUGGUUAAGCCGGCAAAAGAAUCUGUGCCUAAAGAGACAGAAAAAGUGAGUUGCCAGGUUAGAAUAGGAGAUCUGGUUUCUAGGUCAAUUUGGUCUUCCUCUAACAUGCAUGAAAUGUUGCCUGCUUGUUGGACGCCUUUUCUGUUGCCUUCGAUUCAAGACUUGGGCGCUUGCCAACCAUUUGAAGUGUUCUUGUGGCUCAUUCCCAAAACUAGUGAUGAGGUGGAAUUUGGUGUGUCACACUCGCUUUUUGGACUUCUAACGCCCACAGUUAUUCCUGGUGACAAAACAGAACGCACGAAUGGUGGUCCUGCAGUUAACUCCACAGUUCCAACAACCACCAUCACCCCCUCUCCAUCAGUCGCCCUCAUCAAAGAUGCUGAGAAGGAUACCACACCGAAGGAGGCGGUUCUUUCCAAGGACGAGACAUCCACAAUCUCCUCAUCAGUUUCCAAGAUUUCUCGGCCCUUUAAGGACGAAAAAGGCAAGGACUCUGUUCUCAAAGAAGAGAAAGGGGAGGAGGAAGAGAAGAGGAAAACUGAAUUGUUGGAGACAAUGGCGGAAGUAUCCAAGACGGUACCCAAUCAAACCCCUAGUGGUGUCACAGGGGCAGUGCCGAAGCCUCUGCAAGCGAGCAAGCGGGUACCACAGUUCUAUAUCCCUCCGGGAACCUCUAUUCUCUCUUCUACGGAAUUGGACUCUGCUAUGGAAAAAGUGAAGGUUUGUAUUCUCGAGGGAUUAGCGGCAUCUGUUCCUGUUCAAAAGAGGAGCAAUGAAGCUGAGGAGACCAACAACAAAAAUUUGGAGAUGAAAUCAGUAACAACAGUCGUUGUGGAUGGGGAGAAUGAGGAACACACACAGUCCACCAAGGUCACUGUCGACUCUCUCAUCCCCUUUAGUCGUUUUGACCUUGUUACUAAGGCAUGCGGCUGCCCUCUCUACUGGAAACGAGCACUUUUUAAAGCCGCUGGUAGCGAGAACGACAGCACUGCCGUCCCCGUUGCUGCGAUUCUCUCAUUUUGGCGUCGGGUCUUAGCCUCUUGUUCGGAUGCUGCAUCUCAGUUCAUUUACCUGCUGACUAAAGGCAAAUCUCAGCAUCUCAUGCCCGAUGACUUCUGGCCGAUAAUUCAAGACGUGGUAGACACGCAUCCCAGCUUGACGUUUUUACAAGCAGCACCAGAGUUUCACGCACGUUAUGUGACGACGGUAGUAUCGCGUAUCUUCUUCUGCACCAAUACCUCCUGGUCAGGCCGCAUCAGUCUAGGCGAGCUGCGGCGCUCCAACUUUCUUGAAGUGCUUGCCAGUCUCGAGAGAGAAGAGGAUAUCAACCUGGUCACUCAGUACUUCUCCUAUGAACACUUCUAUGUAAUCUACUGCAAGUUUUGGGAACUCGACACCAAUCACGAUCUCAUCAUCAGCAAGGCUGAUCUCGCUAGGCACAAUAACUAUGCUAUCUCAGAGCGGAUGAUUGAUCGCAUAUUUAGCGGUGCUGUUACACGCGGAACUUCAUUCAAGGAGGGUACAAUGACUUACUCGGACUUUGUGUGGUUCCUUCUGGCAGAAGAGGAUAAACGGCACCCACGGAGCAUUGAAUAUUGGUUCCGGUGCAUGGAUUUGGAUGGAGACGGGGUGCUCUCGCUAUACGAGCUGGAAUACUUCUAUUCGGAGCAGUCAGCACGAAUGGAAGAGAUGGGCAUUGAGCCACCGACCCUAGAAGACUGCCUGUGUCAGUGCCUUGAUAUGGUUCGACCCGUCCUCCCUGAUAAGAUUCGUCUCUCUGAUCUCAAAAAGUGCAACCUCUGUCCCGUCUUUUUCGACACCUUCUUUAACCUUCCCAAGUACCUCCAACACGAGCAGCGGGAUCCCUUCUCCAACCUUCAGGCCAUCGAGGAAGGAUUGACGGAGAUUUCAGACUGGGACCGCUAUGCAUCGGAUACGUAUGAAAUGCUUAUUGUUUCGGAGAGUGGUGGCGGGGGUACUGGCGGCGAGGACGACGAUGAUGAGGACGAGGAAGAUGAGGACUUGGCCGCUUCCUCUCCUGUUCCCUCUGCAGAGACCGGACCACUGACAGAAAAGUCCAUUACCGUCGGAGAUGUUGCUUUGCCAGCAUCAAAGGAGAUCACUGAAUCCUCUUCUUCCUCCUCAACUACCCUUGCACAACCCACUCUUGCCGCUGUCACUGAGUCAGUGAACGAAUCUGCUUAA